GUGUCUAGACAAUGACAAUAGGUGUAUUUCUCAAAUAAAAUGUGGUCACGCUGGUGGGGAAUUCCCAAACUUUAGUCAUUAUUUCAUUAUCGCAUAGAUAUUAGUGAAAGAAUCCAAUAAACAUAAAAUAUCAGAUUCUUCAAGAUAAAAUAAGAAGGGGGAAAUAGAGAACUGCGUUUAUUCCCAGUUAAUUUACAAGUUGCCAUAAACUGAAGAGCAGCGACAGAAGAACAAAUGAUAUUAGGAUAUUCCUAUAUCCUACAGCUAGCAGUUCUAUCACAAGUAAUAUUUUGUCAUGGAUUUGGGUAACGAAACAUUGGAAGAUUUGGAUGGCGAAACAUUGGCAGAUUUGAUUAACCAACUGUGCGAACCACCUGAACGUGAUGAGCCAAGUAUUAUGAAAGCUGUCCGGAAGGAAAACUUGGAUAAAAUUACUUAUUUGAUUACAUCUGGAGAGUCUGUCAAUAGCAAGGACUCUGAUGGUUAUACGCCACUCCAUCUAGCUGCAAUGAAAGAAAAUUUGGAUAUCAUGAAAUGCCUUCUUACUGUACCUGAUAUAGAUAUUAAUGCGAGAAACAAAUUCGACGAAACGCCUUGCUUUACUUCCUCGAAGUUUGGUAAUUUCAAGAUGACACAACUUCUCGUUGAUAGUGGAGCUGAUGUGAAUAUACCGAACGAAUACUUUGAAACACCUCUGCAUGCAUCUGUUCACUUUCCAAAUAUUUCACAGUUACUCAUAGAAAAUGGGGCAGACUUGGAUGCUGUCGACUCAGAGGGCAGGUCUGUGUUACAUAAAGCUACACUUGAUAACUGUUUGGAAACUGUGUACAUACUUCUCUAUUACAAUGCAGAUGCUAAUAUGAAGGAUAAUCGUGGUAAAACACCAUUUGGAAUAGCAAUGUAUCUUAAGAAUGUUGUAUUGAUAGAUACUCUAUGUGAGUAUGUAAAUGACUUGAGUACCCAGAAAAACAUUUUAGAUAUGACCAUAUAUUACGGACAUUGUAUAGUUGAGAAAUUACUAAAUACAGGAGUUAAAGUAGAUAAAGUCGCUUUUGAAAAAAGUUUGGCCUUGCAAGAUCCUAAAAUUUUCAAACUCUUAUGGAAAAGACUAGAUCCCCGAGAAGCAAAACAAAUAAAUUUCUUUAAUCUAGGUAGCUUGAAGGGCCAAGUUUUCCAUGAUUUUAUAGAUGUGGUGUUAGAAGAUAGUGAUGAUUCUGUAAUGGCUGUAAUAGCUGAAAGCAUAAGCAGUUACAAUAUGAAAGAGUUCAUUGGUGGAUUUCCAGAGGAUAAUGCCUCCAUAGAUCAGCUAACUAAACUGAUUUUCCUCCUGCUGCAAAACGGUUAUCAAAUGAGUUGUCAUGUCAUACACAUGAUUUUCAUUAGGUUCGGUUACUGUGAGCUUUUCAAAUUGUUGAUGUUUAUUGACUAUACGACUGAUUGGGACGUUUUCGCAACCACUUCCAGGUUAAUUUUUGACAUUGAAAGUACCAUAGAAUCCAGAGUCAAUGAAAUGGUGUCUGUUAAAGAUCAGUGGAUGGCUGUAAUUAUGUUUCUCAAAGACGCGAAUGCGUCUGCUCGCUACUGGAUUUAUCGCCCCUUAGACGAUUUAUGUUCUGCUGAGAUCGAUGAUUAUUUAGCUGUUUCCAUAGGAUAUGGUGGGUUCUUCGAUUACAUUAAAAACAGACCUAGAGUUCCGUCCUUACUCCAAUUAGCGAGAGAUAAGACUAGAGAAUAUAUUGUUAAAAAGUCUAAUCUCAGGACCACUUCUCAGUAUUAUACAGUUAUUAACUAUCUGAAUAUUUCUUCGGUAUACAAAAAAAUUCUUACGUUUGAAAGGCCGAUAUAUACAGGUUUCAAAUGUAUUGAUAUUCAAUCAUUACAGGAAUUCAACAAUUAGUUUGGAGGAGAAUAUGAAAAAUGUUGAAAAGUUGAAUGACAACAUGAUGGGGAUUCUCCAAAAGUAUGGAUAUAUCCACACAAGGUAUCAAUCAAUCAAAUAUUUAUUGAAUCAGUUUUCCUUCACAAUCACAUUAGACAAAAAAACAUAUAAAAUACUGGCUGAUUCAACAGGUCAAACAAACUUCGAAAAGCCAAUAUAAAACAUACCUAAAAAAA